AUGGAGUUCAAUAUAGCUCUGUUACUCUACGCGGUCCUCCAGUUCAUCGCGUUCUUCUUUGUGCUGGUGGCGACGCCCCUCGACAUGUUUCGCUUCCGUAUGAUCUUCUUCAACUUUACAGGCUGUAUGACAUUGUGGGGUUUGAAGAACACAUGCAACAGUAUAUCACACAAUAUCACGGUGUACAGGGUGUGGGCCGAUUGCCCUGGUCGCCUGAGAUUGUUCCGCGCUGCUGAGGCUCUCGCUAUUAUCUCCAUCUUCAUAUACGGCGCUGCGUUCGUCCUGGGCGUUGUUAUGCUGUUCUAUCGCCUUAUAUUACGCUGGAUAUGCCUUGGGCUCAACAUUGCUGGGGCCAUCACCCUGGGCUUUGUCUGGGCUACCAUGGUCAUAACGUUUCUUAGAGAUGACGAUGGGCCAUGCCCAGAUCUCCAGAGAUUUACACAAUACGGUGUCGGCUUCGCUCUCUUCGUGGUUGCCUGGGUGCUGGAUAUUAUCAAUAUACUCCUCCUGGUGCUGUCAAUAGGCACUACAAUUUCCACAGAAAGUGGCCAGGUAGAACAAAAAGAAGGAACAUUAUAG